AUGACGAUGGCGGAGGCAGCGACCUCAGAUCUGUUCUCAGAGCAGGAACUCACCUGCUCCAUCUGUCUGGACCUGUUCAGCGAGCCCGUCUCAACUCCCUGCGGACACAACUUCUGCCAGGCGUGUAUCGGAGGUUACUGGGCGUCCAGCCGCGUGUGCACCUGUCCGCUGUGUAAGCAUCAGUUUGAUGAGCGACCGCAGCUCAGCGUUAAUAAAGUCUUCUCGCUCAUCGCUGAUAAAUACAAACUGGCUCGUUACGGCGCCGCCGGGCUGCCGGCGCCGGACGUGUUUGGGACGCCGACGGGCGUAACGGACGGAGACGGAGGCGGCAACCCGUUCCUGGCGGCGGCGGGUGGGGAGGUGGUGUGGUGUGACGUGUGCACAGGUAUCAAACAGCCGGCCGUCAGCUCCUGUCUCACCUGCACCGCCUCGUACUGCACUGAGCACGUGCGGCCGCAUCACAGCACGCCUUUCUACUCCAAACACCCUCUGAUGGACCCGCAGGAAGCUCUCAGGGGCCGGACCUGCACCGCACACCGCCGCCUGCUGGAGGUGUUCUGUCGGACUUGUCAAAACUGCAUCUGUGCCAUCUGCGUCCUGGAGGAGCAUCGAACUCACAAGACCGUCUCCGUCCAGACCGAGAGGCAAGGCAAACAGAAACAGGUAGCGAGGACGGAGCAGGAGAUCCUGAACCGCAUCAAGGAGAAAGAGACUCAUGUGACCGAGCUGAAGAGGAAACUGGACGGAGUGAAGAGCUACACGGACUCGGAGCGAGGCGAGGUGGAGCGGCUGCUGGAGGAAGUCUCCGGCGCUCUGGACAGGAUCCGCUCUCGGGUGGUGGGUGAGAUGGAGAACCAGCUGGAGGCUGUGAUGUCAAAGGGGGAGGGGCUAGUGGCCCGUCUAGAGGCGGAGCUUAGCGAGCUGACGGACAGGAGAGCAACGCUGGAGGUUCAGGCCAUCAGUCAGGAUCACAUCGGCUUCCUGCAGAGCUUCGAGGAGGCGACGGCGCCGCUGGCCGAGGACCAGCAGGACGAGGUGGACGAGGACUCCAGGUUCUCGCUGCACUUCUACCUCGGAGACGUGAAGAGCGCUCUGACGGAGAUGAAGGACAAGAUGGACGAAGUCAGGAUGGGAGAGGCCCGCUCCAGAGGUUCCCGAGGAUCCUUCUCAUCAGGUGACCUUACGCUGGCUGAGAGCAUGCUCAGUCUGAGAGCCAGCACAGUCAGCCUGAGGAAGAGCCAGUGGUCUCUGAGAGAUCUGAAGAAGAACAAACCGAUAUCAGGUCAUAAGAAAGCUCGGGUCUACAUGGAGGACGUGACGCUGAACCCGGUGACGGCGUACCCGUUCCUCAUCCUCUCGGAGGACAGGAAGCAGGUGAAACGAGGAGAGAAGCUUCAGUUCUACAGAAACAGUCAACACCGCUUCGACGUCUGGUCCUGCGUCAUCGCCAAGGAAGGGUUCAGCUCCGGACGCCACUACUGGGAGGUGUGUGUUGGGGAGAAUAAGGACUGGAAGCUGGGUGUAGUUCGGGAGUCGGCUCAGAAGAAAGGUUUAUUCGACAUGAGUCCGUCUAACGGAUACUUCGCCAUCUGGUGGAGCGGCAGCCAACUACGCGCUUUGACCAACCCCCCCCUCACCAAGGUGAAACAUCCGUCGAAGCUUCGUCAGGUCGGAGUCUUCCUCGACGUGGACGAGGGUCAGGUCUCCUUUUAUAACGUCAAGUCUGGUUCAGAGAUCUACAGCUUCACCGGAUCCUCCGAGUUCACCGAGAGGAUGUUCCCUCUGCUGGGGACCGGAGACAAAGAGGCGCCGCUGGUCCUCAUGACAUCACCGCACCACCUGGCCUGA